UUGUAUGCCUUUUGUUCCUUCCGCUGUUACAAGCGAGGAACCGGAAUGUGAAGAAUAAUUUAACAUUUAUGGCGUUAGACGAAAUAUGUUAUUUAAAGAUUUUCAAAUGAUAUAUCUCAUUUUGCUUGUAUUUCGUUUAUCUCAUUAACUUAAGAGUCUGGAUGGCGAAUUUGUUGCUUAAAAAUAGUGUUCUUAUGGGGAUCAAGUAAGGAUUUGAAAUGGCUGUGAUUCAUCUAAAUAUUGUGGCUUUGUUGAUCUUCGCAUUUACUGGUGCAGAUUCAUCUCCAAAAACAUUCGCUGAUGAAACCAGUAAUAAAAUUGUUAAAACUGGUAAUUCCAUUGUUGAAACUGGCAGUAAUAUUGUUGAAAAGAGUAACACCAUUAUUAAAGAUGGUAAUACCAUUGUUGAAGAUCCAAAUGAAGAAAAAACAAGACCUAAUAAAGAUGUUAGAGUCCUUCAGUUUGCAGGCAAUUUCCCACCUGAAAUAAUAAAAUCUGUACAAGAAAGUUUGAAUAAACAAAAAUCUCCAUCUUCUCUGCUCAUUGAUAGACUUGUUCCAGAAAGGAACAAAAUUAUUUUUACAAUUCAGGUACAGAAACCAAUGACAGGAUUAGAAGUCAUUGAACAGUUGAGCAUGGCUGUAGCAAAACAUACAAGUUUAGAACUUAACACCAUAAAAGUGACUAAGUAUGAGCCCUCUUCUGGGACUGUGAAAAUGUUUUUUGUCUACUCUGCAAGAAGGGAAAAUAAUACUGAAAUAUUGAGACUAAGACCAGCAAAUGACAUAGUUGAUAGGUGGACGAUUAAGAAGAGAUUAGAAAAUGCUGGGGGUGCCAUAAAAGUGAUAGAUAUUCAAUAUGGUGAUGAAUUUUCUUUUCUCUAUCCAAAUGGAAGGAAAGUCAAUGUUAAGAGUCUAUUUGGUGGCAAAGAUUGGGAAGCAUGGCAGUUAGCUACUUUGAUAUCAGCCAGCUUGUUUGCUAUGUUUUUUAUCUUUUUUUUGAUUCAGAUGUUUAUUGGAGGUACUCACAUAAUAAAGAAUAAAGUCAGGCCUGUAGAGGAACCUCGGCAUGUAGUUGUGCAGCCAGUUCUAAGACCUAUUGUUGCUGGUGUAGGGGUUAUUCAACCUUUGCCUGAAAAUAGAGAUCACGUUGUUACAGUUGACACUGAUUCUGAGCAUGCACCAAGCCCAUCAAGAAGUCCAAUGAGAAGAGGUAGAGGUUUGUUAGAGAGGCGUGGAUCAAAUGCUUCGUUGACUUUGGAUUUGAAUCGUUCUCAAGAAAAUAUUCAUUGUGGAACACCUCCUAAAGAAUGCUCUGCUGAAGAAUUUCUUCAGUCGGCUUCAAAGAGAUUGACUCGUCGUCAACUCCGAUCAGCUCUGAAAGAUGUCAAAGCUUUACAUACUGAAUUUUGGGAAAUUCCUAUGAAUCAUCCAGAGAAAGUAGAAAUUGCAGGAUCAGGAACAAAGAAUAGAUACAAAACCAUAUUGCCAAAUGAAGGUACUCGUGUACAUCUCUUUGAAAAAAAUGAUGAUCCUCUUUCUUCAUACAUUAAUGCCAACUAUGUUCGAGGAUAUAGAGAGGAAGAAAAAGCAUACAUUGCAACACAAGGACCCUUGCCACAUACAGUCAAUGACUUCUGGCAGAUGGUUUGGAAGGAAAAAAGUCCUUUAAUCGUUAUGAUCACUAAAUUGAAGGAGAAGAUGAAGGUGAAAUGUGAACCCUACAUACCAGAUUAUCAAGACUGUUAUGAGGAUAUUGAAGUUACCGUCAUAAGUGUUAUUCCUCGUGAAGGUUACACUGUUAGGGAACUUCUGUUGAGACGAGGGAAUGAAACACAUACUGUGCAUCACUUUUGGUAUACAACUUGGCCUGAUCAUAAGACUCCAGCAACUGCAAAGCAACUUCUGAGCAUGGCUCUUGAAGCAGAAAGUAUGAGAUUGGAAGCGAGCACUGAGGUCAAAAGACCAAUGAUCGUGCAUUGCAGUGCUGGCAUUGGAAGGACAGGUUGCUUCAUUGCUGUAAGCAUUGGCAUGCAGCAACUCAUUGAAGAAAAUUGCGUGGAUAUUUUGGGAACCGUUUCCUCCUUAAGAUUGGAUAGAGGUGGAAUGGUUCAAACAGCUGAGCAAUAUGAAUUUGUUCAUCAGGCUUUAAGUAUAUUUGAGUUGUCCUUGCCUGCAUCAAAUGGUGACUGAAGAAUCAAUGGAUCUGAAAUUUGGUCUAUGUCUAAGUAUUAAAAGUUGUGAUUGAUGUAUUGUUUCAGUAAAUGUGCUGAUUGUUACACUUUUUGUGGUGUUGGUGGUUUUCAAUGUGCUGUUGGUGUCAUUUAGUUCUGAAGCUUUCAAUGAAGCAUGUUUCAGGCUAUUCUAACGCACAUAGUGCAUAUGUUAAUGGAGGUUGUUAUAUGUGCCACUUUAUAAGAGUUGAAUAUUAUUGUAUAUGUCUUAUAUGUAAAAGUAUUUAUAAAAUUAUGUGUUUUAUUUUAAGUCUAUGUAUUGAAAGUUGCCUCUCCAGCCUUUAUUUAAACUUGGAUUUUUUUUAUGUACUUAUCAUUGGUUAGUUAUUACAGUUAUGAACUUGUAGCUGGAUAAAUGUAUAUUUAUAAUUGCAAUUGCCAUUCAUAAAAUUUUUUAUUUAAUGUUGCAUACAUUAUUUGUGUUCUUGAAUUUUAAGAAAAUAUCAUCUCAGUAUUAUAUCAUAGUUUUUCUGUUUGCAUUGUUAUUGCUCUAUAUUUGUGGUUGUUAAAAUUAUUUGUUUAGAAUUGAUAUCAUGCUGUUUUUUUCCCCCCAUAAUUAUGUAGAAAUGAAUGUAAAAAAUAUGUAUAAACUAUUUUAAAAUGUGUGAAAGCAAGCUCACAUUUAUAUUUUAACAUAUUUAUAUUUUAUCAUUAUUCACUAUAUAAUUCUUAAUAAAAGCUUUUGUCAAUGACUUUGCACAAUUGUAAAUGAGGUAUGCAAAUAUUUUUCAAGGCAUUAUGGAAAGUAAACUUAUUAAAUCUCCAUAAGCUAUGACACCUUGAAAAAUGAAUAUCUUUUAACUGUUUCUUUUUAUAAAAUUAUCUAAAAGUUUAAUUUCUAAAUAAAUACUGAAUGUUACAUGUCGUUAAAAUGUGGAUAUUAUUAAAGAAAGUAUUAAAUAUUGUUAAAAUGAUUCCAAAAGUUUAUCUUGACUGAAAUCGUAUUUGAGGCCCCACAAAAAUAUUUUCAUCAUGUUUGAUUAUUUUCCAGGAAACUAGGAUUGAUGGCAACAAAUCAAUCUAUAUAUAAAAUGCCUUUUCAUCUAUCUAAUAAGUCAUAUCAAAACUUUUGUUUACCAAGAUUUAUUUAAAUGGAUAAAAUUGAAAUUAUGUAAACUUAAAUUAGCAUCUUAUUGAAUCAAGCUUAUUGGGACCAAAAUCUAUUUGUAUUAACUUUUUUUUUUUUUUUUUUUUUUUUUUGUAAAUUGCUAUGUAUUUCAGUGCAAGCAGAAAUGUGCAUCGGUUAUUAAUGUUGAACAUUUGCUAAGUCAGUUAGCAAGUGCUUUGAUGAUUCUACAAUUUGGUGCAAUAUUGCAUUUCCCACCAACUUUCGUCACUUUACCUAAAAAGAAAGCCAUAAUUUGAUGAAAGUAAUGUGAAGCAUUUUAAUAUUUUUGCAUUGUCAUGUAGAUCAUGAAUUAGAUACUUAUAUAUCAAAUAAUUAUUUCUUUGUGAAAUGCAUUUAAUCUUCUUUUUUCCCCAUAGUGUUUUAAAUUCUUAUAUAAAUUAUUCAGUUCUCAGAUUUAUAGCAAUAUAGUGUAAAAUUUUUAUUUUUAUUAGAUCCUAUUCUGGCCCCAUUGUUACAAUCAAUAACAAUAAACAACCGCUUACUAACAUAUUUUGAUGAAAUAUCUAAAAAUAUCAGUAUUUUUUGUUAUUUCAUAGCUUAUUUAAUUAUACUAUCUUAUAUAGUAGACAUUUUGCUUGCAAAUUUUUCAGUUCAUUUAUAUUUUAUUUUAAAAUCUGAUUUUUUAUUAUUAUUAUUUCAUUUGGGUUAUAGUAAGUAAACUAGCUUUUUAACUUGCUGAAUGAGGUUAAUAAAUUAUAUUUUCAUUUUAACUCUUUAUAUAUUAAAAAAUAAUAAUGGUGAAAUCUCUUGAAAGCUUAAUAUUGCAUUUAAUAUUCAAUUUUCUCUUCCAAUGCUUUUUCCUACAUUUUUGUAAUUUGAAAAAAAAAUGUCAUGUUUUGUAGAUGUCUUUGAUUUGUUUUAUCCUCUGAAACAUAUCACAUAAGUCAAUGUUUUUAGUACAAAAAAAAUUAAUAAUUUUAUCAGAUUUUUGUCCUGAUUUUAAUGAGACAACUAAUGUUGAUUUAGAACUUUUUCUGUAUUGUCGUGUACAAUUAAUUUUUAAUAAAAUCAUUAACAUUUUUAUACCAUACAAAACGUUGAUACCAUUGUAAAAAUAUUAUCUUUUAGUUUUCUAGAAAUUAUACAGUAAAUGCCACUAAUUUGGAUCACAUUAGAUUUCACUGUUAGAUGGAAUCUAAAAAUAAUUUGAAUACUAAAUGGAGUGUCUUUUGCCCUGUGCAAUAUACACAGUUCAUCUCAAAAUUAAUUUGGUGUGGGCACGAAUGAUUGGUACUGUGUAAAUAUGGUUCGAUUCCAAUAAAAUAUUUUUAUAUUAUUUGCAGCGGUGUUUGUGCUCCGGGGAAACCCCGGAAUUCCAGGGAUUUUGAACUUCGACACCCGGAAAUUCCGGGGAUCGUCGUUCAAAAGGAAGUAGGAAUAAUAAUGAAUUAUUUAUUUUGAUCUGGGUAAUUUUGUUUGCUUUGAAAGCAGAAAACGCAAGGUCAGUGUGUGUGGUGAAAACUUUUCCUUUCUUUCUCCAAAGGCAGUGAUAAUGCGUGAAAAGGGGGAAAAAACUUCUUUUUUGUUCUUUCCUUAUUGCGAGUUAUGACUCAUUCCCCCGGUUCUCGGACAUUCUCUUCUGGAUUCUUUUCGGCAAGUAGGCGCGGUAGAAAAAAAAGAGAGAGACUUCGUUCGACCAGAUGUGCGAUCACGUGACCUGGGUUCAAAGGUCUUAAUUUUGCAAAAUUAAUGGUUAUUAAUUUUGCAAAAAAAGUAAUUAAUUGUACUUUUAUAAUUAGGUCAUUCAAUACUUCAUAAGAGUAAUUUUUCAUUUCUUCCCCCCCCCCCUCUCGAAACUCCAAAAUGUCGGUAGUAAGUCCGUAAAAGUUUCAGGGGAUUUUUUGGGGUCCCACAAACACCCCUGUAUUUGGGAAGCAAAAACUAUUAUAAUCCUUCUUUUUUUUUAAUUGUCACUUAAUUGCAAUUUAUGACAGUUAUAUUUUUAAUGUGCAUAUCAAAGAACAGUUUUAAGAUUUUUAUUUUCACUAACGCACGGGAAAUUUCUUCCAUAAUUUUUCUUCAUUCAUACACCGUAUUUGAUUGGUAUUGCUUUCCAUGAAGACAGAAACGAGGUGUGUGUGUCUUUAAUUUUUAUUGUUAUUAUGCAUCUGCUUUGUCUUGCUAAUAGUUUGAUAAAUUUCUAUUACCAAGAAUAUCUCAAUUGUUGCCAGAAAUUUGUGAUUCAUUUUUAUUUAAUUGCUUUUUCCCCUUCUCAUGCAAAUUUUUGUUUUUAUCAUAAUACCUAAUCAUGUCUUUUUAUUGAAAGACAUCCAAACUUUAUAAUUCUUUUCAUUCUCAGUAAUUUUUUGAAUCUUUAUAGAAUCAUUUUAUUAAUGCUUUUUAAUUAAUACAGUUUUGAAAUUGAUACUGAAAGAUUUAAUCAUAAAAUUUCUGCUGUUUAUUGUUUUAAUUUGUGUGACAGUCCUAUUACUCUCUCAAGGUUUUUCUCCCGUAUGCAUGUCAUCAUUAAUAAAUCAAAAUUAUUUUUAUUUUUUAUUUUACAAACUUUGAAUGAUUCAACAUAGCUAUUUUGUCAUAUUGUUAAUAGUCCUUUCCCUUAAAACAGAAAUGCUUGUAGUGCCUUCAAAGAUUUCAUGAGAAAUGUUUAUUUUAAAGGUAUUUGGUAAUUCAGUGCUACUUGGCUUGCAUGUUUUUUUUUUUGGGGGGGGGGGGGUUAAAUGGAAGUAAUAUAGUAGAAUUUCAACACAGAAAAGUUAUUUAUUACCUUGGCUCAAUGGAUUUCUUUUAUCACUUAUAUUUUACAAGUUUUAUUCAGUGUUUACAAUGCCUGUAAACACUAAAUAUGGGAAGCAAUAUGGUUUAUUUUAUAUUUAAUGCUGAAGAUAGGAUUCAUUAUUUUUAUAAUAUAUUACGACUGACAAUAAAUGCAACUGUGAUUAAAUUAAGUGGCAUCUACUGUAUUAUUAUAUUUUGGUUUCAGUGUAGCUUUUCAAAUUCAUUUCAUAUAUAUUUUUUCUUAUAAAGUAGUCUGAUUAUGUGAUUGUAUCAAAUUUUCUAUUAUUUUUUAUUUAUUAAUAUCACAAAAUAUUUAUUUAAAGUAUAUUUUAAAAAUGCCAUAUUCAGAUAGAAAACAAUGGCUUAUAGUAUUUUUUAUUAUUAUUAUUUUUUGUAAUGAUAAAACAACAUGAUUUCAUAUUUGUGAACAAAAUUUCACCAGUAUUUAGUACAAUUUUGAAUACUUAAGAAAUACAUGGUUGCAAUUUAGAAGUAUCAAUUGUUAUUGUUUUAGUAUUAAUUCAUCUCUCUUUUAUUCAACAUUAAAAUUUUUAAAUUUAUAUAUCUAUAUGUUCCUUUUUUUUUUUUCAUAAUUUUUGUGCCAUAUAUUUAUUAAUAUAAUCAUGCAAGUUUUAAAAAUAAAAUCAUUAUAUUCCCUUUUGUAUCAGUGAAAAGUUUUAGCUUCUUCAGAAGCUAAUUCUGAGCAUACAUAUAUACUUUGAUUGUAAAAUUUCAUGAUUCAUUAAUUAUUUACUUUAAAUAUUUAAACUUGUAUGAUAUAAAUCCAUAAGUUAUUUUCUGUGAUAUCAUGCCACAUAUUUUAUUCAUGACAUUUAUAUAUUGUUUUCACCAAAUGUCAUAUUUUGUUUCCAAUCUCAUUGUACUAAAAUAUAUAAUUCUAGUGCCAUUAAAAUAUUUCCAAAUCUUCGCACAAUUUUUUAUUCCUCAGUAACUGAGAUAAAUGUAAUUGUAUUGUGCAAACGUAUCCCAGUAACACUUUUAUCUCACUGAAAAUAGUGAAGCAGGGCUUCUUAAACAGUGAGCCCUUGAUCUUAAAAAGAACUGCUUACACCUAUUGUCAUUCUGAUUAUAUUUCAAGUUAUUCAGUUGAAUACAUUCUAAAAGGCAUGGCUUAUAAUCAUCAUAAAUUUUCAGCCAAUUUAUUUCCUUGUGUAGAAGUAAAUAAAUAUGCUAAGGAAAUUGUAUUUAAUUCGGUUUCUUUAGUUUGGCCUUAAAAUUAAAUUUAUCUAUUAAUAUUAUGUUGUACUCAAGGAUUAGUUCAAAAUAUUAGUUUUAAUCUGUACAAAUGUAUAUAGAGAAUAUGUUUGUUUUUGUUUUUAUUUCAACAAAGUAUUAAACUUACAAAUAAAAUAUUUUAAAAAUAAUUUUUGUCUAUUAAAAUUAAAGCUUAUUAAGCUAAGAUGAAUCAUAAUUCGUAUAAGUCAAUGUUAACUAUUUCUUAUUCCUGCAUCUAUGGAAAGAUCAUUAUGUAUCAGAAAUAAUAUUUUUAGUGAAAUUUGUUAAAGUAUUUUUGUUAUUAAUGGUUACAAGUUUAAGAUGCCCUGCACUAAAUCAUGAACAGAAAGCACUCUUAGAAGAGCUAUAAAGGCUCCUUGCAUUUAUUAACUUUCCAUGUGUUUGCUAUUGGGGUCAAAACAUAGGAAGGAUAGGUGUUUCAAUGUGUUGUGAAAAAUAUGCAUAUAUUUGCUCUGCUGCUUUGCUUAAUGCAGGAAUUUCUGUGAUUCCUUGUUCAUGUUUUGCUGUUCUAAAGUGUUUCAUUUAUGGCAGUUGUGGAGUCUAUAUUAUAUCAAAAUAAUACAUUUCUGCUCAAAAUGUUGACACUUGUCUGUUUCUGUGCAUAAACUUAUCAGCUGUUUCUUAAGUGUGCAAAAAAUAUAUGAGGCACUAUAAAUCUGUUAGUACAGAUUCUUUGCUGUGAAUUCUAAGUUCUAUAAAUAUAUAUAUAUAUUGAAUGUUAUUAUCUGUUUUCUGGUAAUUGUUGCUCUUAUGUUGUAUAAUGUUUGUCAAUGUUGAAUAUAUGUUAUGUGUAAAAGAAGAUAAAGCAUUUAUUAAUAUAAAGUACCCUGAAAAAUAUGCAAAUUUAUGUGUUCUCUUGAUAUAUAUUGACCUAUAUAUAUAUGUGUGUGGAAAUUUAUGGAAAAAUCCAACUGAAAUGGUUGUGUGAUUUACAUCAGUAUAUGUACAUAUCUCAUAUUCUGCAUUUGGUCCAGUUUUUAAUGUUUGAAUUGUAAAUUAUAUGUAUACAUAUAAAUAUAUAAUAUACCCCUGAGGUAUUGUAGUGAACCUUAUAGUUGUGAAAAUAAAA